AUGGCCGGCCAGUCAAAUACAUUGGCCUUGCAGGCUACAGACAUCGAUUCGUCCAAGCUAUGUAAGAUAGCUGAGACAGCAGCAAAAUCAGGCAGCAUUGAGCUGCUAAGCCAGUGUUACGAGCGCGGGUUUUGGGCGACAAAAAUCCACCUCGCCGCGGCCAAGAAUCACAUCGAUACGACAUAUGAGAACGAAAAAGAGGAAGAAGCGGUCGACUUUCUACUCAAGAAUGACUACAGUAAUCACGUCAACGCUGCAUCUAAGACCGAUAACAAAGAAGUGAUCGACUUUCUAUACAAAAACGGCUACAGCGACACCGUCAACGAUCAGUUAGAGAGAGGAUUUACGACCCCGCUGAUAACGAACGCUUUCUCUCGUCGCAAAAAAACCGUUCGCUAUCUACUUGACCAAGGAGCUGAUCCCAACAUCGGUCCAUUGGGUCCGCCAUGUGCGGGAGGGCCCAAGUUCAGCAAGAGCAAAAAGAUGAAAGCUCUCGCUGUCGCCGCACGCAUGAGUUCGGUGGAAAUCAAUGACACCGAGAUGCUAAAAAUCCUUCUGAACGCAGGUGCGGAAACUCAAGGGACUGCAGCGCUGCAUAUUGCCUCGUUUCUUGGUAGCCUGCCCAGUAUGCAAUGCCUUAUUGAACACGGCGCUGAUGUCAAUGAAGUCCUGGAGAAAGAGGUCUCUUGCCAAAUCCCUCUACACAAUAAACGGCUCGGUACGUCUCUCCACUGGGCUAUUCAGGGAGGGAACAAGGACGCUGUUAGGUUCUUGCUCUCCAAGCAUCCCAACCUCGAGCUUCAAGACAAUGAAGGCGUUAGUGUGAAGGCUUGCCUCGAAGUUUUCGAUACUGCUUUGCUGGAAAAGCACUGUAGUGGAUGA